GAAUCACUCCUCAACGGGAGACCAGCAGCCUACACCAUCGGAAGCUCGGCGACGCAGCCACCAUCUUUGUACACGGUCACUGUUGGAGGUGACACCCUUCUCCACGUGGUCGCCGCCAUCCAUGGCGACACUGAGGACUCCACCAAGAAGGCCAGCCUCGUCUUCGACAAGGCACCUAGCCUCCUCUUCGUGCAGAACAGCCAGGGAGACACACCCCUGCACUGUGCUGCACGGGCGGGGAACAUCCGAAUGGUGUCUCUUCUUGUUGAUCUCGCCAAUGGUCAGGGUGUUAACAAUGCUAAGGGGCUGCUGGAAACACAAAACAAGAACAAGCAGACAGCCUUGCACGAGGCCGUCCGCUCCGGGGACAAUGAUAUGGUCAAGUUGUUCAUGGGGGUGAACCCACAACUGGCCCGUUUUCCUGAACAAGGUACUUCGCCGUUGUACUUGGCCAUCUUACUGGAAAACAAAAUCAUCGCAAAUACACUCUACGAGUUGAGCGGCGGGGCUAUUUCAUAUUCUGGACCAAGUGGACAAAAUGCAUUACAUGCUGCUGUUCUCCGAGGCAAAGGUACAUACUCGUGCAAAAUUCCCUUUUCAGCUUUGAAUCUUGGUUUCACGCCAGUCAUAUUUGCAGGAUAUAUUCUAUAUUGUAACUGUAAGUGAUUUAUUGUCUUUAGUAGAUAUCGUUAUCACUUCUUGAAAAUGUUUAUGUUACUUUGUCUUUUACUCCCUCCAUUUCUAAAUAUAAGGUCUUUUAGAGAUUUCAAUAUGAAUUUCGUACGGAUGUAUAUAAACGCAUUUUAGAGUGUAGAUUAACUCAUUUUGCUCCGUAUGUAGUCUAUAUUGAAAUCUCUAAAAACGCAAAUAUGAGUACGUACGAAAGUCACAUUUAUUUGGAUUUUUAAAUUGUAGUAAAAAUUCAGCGUCAAAUACUACCGGUGACCGUCGUCAAGCACCACCACCUCCAUCUCUGCCACCUCUUCUCAUGUGUCGUCUCCGGUCAAUCUACAUCGCCUGAGGUCACCUACAUUCGACGUCCAGUGGCGUCUCCGGGUCACUGAUUGCUGAGUAGGGGUUGUUAGCAAAAUCCCUAUGCCACCGAUUAUUUUCCUGCCACACACGAAGACGACCGCUAGGCAGCAGACUGAUCUCUUCUGCUCCAACACAAGCUCGAUCUUGUUGAUUGAUUCUGGCUGUUGGCCAAAGCUACAGACAUGUAAACACAUUUUGUUUUGAGACAAAGACAUGUAAACACAUAGCCUAAUCCA